AUGACUGACGGCAUGCCAGGCUCUACGAUGAGCGACAGCCUCUGGAACCGCCGUAUCCGAGAACCGAAGUUUGCAGAGCUGAUAGUGCUCAUGCGACAGAAGAGACGGAGGAGACAGAGAGACUGCUUCAUGCGCCACCUGGAUGUGAGACGCGUCACGAAGAACGGCAAAUCGUGGACGGUCGAGACUGUGACUCUGCAGACUGAUCAGGAAGGUGCGCUCGAAAGACGUGUAUCUGUUCAUGAUUUUGACGCCGUAGUGAUUGCGUCCGGUCAUUACCACACACCAAGAGUUCCCGAUACGCCUGGACUGGCGAAGUGGAAGCGACGAUUUCCUGGUAGAGUGCAGCAUUCGAAAAGCUACCGAAGGCCCGAGAAUGCCCAAGAUAAGAACUAUCUACUUGUCGGUGCAAGUGUAUCCGCGACGGACAUUGCUCGCGAACUGAGCCCGUACGCAAACAAGAUUUUACAGAGCCAAAGGAAUGGCAAAUUUGAUCUACCUCCUAGCAUGCUUCCCGAUAAUGCAUUCCGCAUCGAAGAGGUGGCAUCGUACGACGAACCACGCGCGAAUACAUAUGCAUCAGCAUCACUGAACCCCGACGAAGCGAUUCCGGCAACCGUCACGUUGAAGUCAGGCGCAAAAAUCUGUGAUAUCCACCAUGUGAUACUUUGCACUGGCUACUAUCUCACCCUGCCUUUCCUACCACAGCUCACCUCAGACGAGACGCCAGUCGAGCAUGCCGACGACGCGGUUUUGGUGACGGAUGGUACACAGUUCCAUAAUCUACACAAAGAUAUCUUCUUCAUCAACGAUCCGACCCUCGCCUUUGUUGGCGUGCCUUUCUUCACGGCCACCUUCACGCUGUUCGAGUUCCAAGCUAUGGUCGUUGCAAAGGUGCUCGCAGGCCAGGCCAAGCUCCCCAGCAAUGAUGCUAUGCGGUCGGAAUACAACGCACGCGUGGAGAGUAAAGGUUAUGGCAAGUCGUUCCAUAGUCUGCGAGAUCAAGAAGCAAGCUACGUCAACGAGCUUAUGAACUGGGUCAAUGCUGAUCUACAAGAAGCCGGCAAAGAUAAGUUGCAUGGUCAUACCGAGAAGUGGCAUCGCGCAAGGGCAGAGCAGCUUGGGAGGAUGAAAGCUUUCUUUGCUAACCCCAUAACUGAGAAGCGGUUUGAAGCGACGUGUAUAUGA